AUGCAGAGUGUACCUCCGAAGAAGAAGCUGGAGAAGAAAGCGGAGAAGCAGCUCUUUGACGCCGCGUCCUUUGGGAAGGACCUGCUGGCGGGCGGCGUGGCGGCGGCCGUGUCCAAGACGACGGUGGCGCCCGUCGAGCGGGUAAAGCUGCUGCUGCAGGUGCAGGCGUCGUCCAAGCAGAUCAGCCCCGAGGCCCAGUACAAAGGCCUCGUGGACUGCCUGGUGCGGAUUCCCCGUGAACAGGGUUUCUUCAGUUAUUGGCGUGGCAAUUUGGCAAAUGUUAUCCGGUAUUUUCCAACACAAGCUCUAAACUUUGCUUUCAAAGACAAAUACAAACAACUGUUCAUGUCUGGAGUUAAUAAAGAAAAACAGUUCUGGAGGUGGUUUUUGGCAAACCUGGCUUCUGGUGGAGCCGCUGGGGCAACAUCCUUAUGUGUAGUAUAUCCGCUAGAUUUUGCACGAACCCGAUUAGGUGUUGAUAUUGGAAAAGGUCCUGAAGAGAGACAAUUCAAGGGUUUAGGUGAUUGUAUUAUGAAAAUAGCAAAAUCAGAUGGAAUUGUUGGUUUAUACCGAGGGUUUGGUGUUUCAGUUCAGGGCAUCAUUGUGUACCGAGCCUCUUAUUUUGGAGCUUACGACACAGUUAAGGGCUUAUUACCAAAACCAAAGGAAACUCCUUUUCUUGUCUCCUUUUUCAUUGCUCAAGUUGUGACUACAUGCUCUGGAAUACUCUCCUAUCCCUUUGACACAGUUAGAAGACGUAUGAUGAUGCAGAGUGGUGAGGCUGAACGGCAAUAUAAAGGAACUUUAGACUGCUUUGUGAAGAUAUACCAACAUGAGGGAAUUGGCGCAUUUUUUCGUGGUGCCUUCUCCAAUAUCCUUCGUGGUACAGGGGGUGCUUUGGUGUUGGUAUUAUAUGAUAAAAUUAAAGACCUCCUUAAUAUUGAUAUUGGAGGUAGUUCAUCGGGAGAUUAA